AGGGGGUUAUCUGGCCGAAGCGGUUCAGGAAGGCAGUUGUCACAGGGCUCCGGGAAACAACUAAGCGAGGCGGAAGCAACCAAGCCUAGCUUGUCCCUUAGGCCUCUCUAGCAAGGAACCAUAAAGACCAGGCUAGGGCUUCUCCCUUUUCUCUUCUCUGUGGUUCCGCCCGCAGCUUCCGCUUCCGGGCAGGGGCGGAGUUUCUUCGGAGAUUAGGGGCUCCGCGCUACAGCCAGGAUGGCUGUGGUGUCGCUGCUGUUGUUCGGGGGCUUGUGGAGUGCUGUGGGAUCGUCCAAUCUGGCUGUCGUUACGUGCGGUUCUGUGGUGAAGCUGCUCAAUACGCGCCACAACGUGCGACUGCACUCACACGACGUGCGCUACGGGUCAGGUAGUGGGCAGCAGUCGGUGACAGGUGUAACCUCUGUGGAUGACAGCAACAGUUACUGGAGGAUACGAGGGAAGACAGCCACAGUGUGUGAGAGGGGAACUCCCAUCAGAUGCGGUCAGCCUAUCCGGCUGACACACGUCAACACUGGCCGAAACCUCCAUAGUCACCAUUUCACCUCACCUCUUUCUGGAAACCAGGAAGUGAGUGCUUUCGGUGAGGAAGGUGAAGGCGAUUAUCUGGAUGACUGGACAGUGCUCUGUAAUGGGCCCUACUGGGUGAGGGACAGUGAGGUGCGGUUCAAGCAUUCUUCCACUGAGGUUCUGCUGUCUGUCACAGGAGAACAAUAUGGUCGACCCAUCAGUGGGCAAAAAGAGGUGCAUGGCAUGGCCCAGCCAAGCCAGAACAACUACUGGAAGGCCAUGGAAGGCAUCUUCAUGAAGCCCAGUGAGUUGCUGAAGGCGGAAGGCCACCACACAGAGCUCUGAGUCUGCAGGCUGUGAGCCUUUGUCACCUCUCAGUGUUCCGAGACGGCUGCUGCUCCUUCGCCCUUUGGACCCUGCCACGGGUUCCCUGGCCAGUGACCAUGUCCCCACUGAGAUGAAGAUGCAUCACAGGAAACUGGGCCUAUGUUUGGAAGCUUCAGCCCUUCACACUUGAGUGGGUGGUCCUCCCAGACUUGGGUCAGUUCUUUCUGAGUACAAGAAUUGUUGGUAAAGGAGCAGAAGCUUUUUAUUGAUAUUAAUAGGACAAAAACUGAAGGAGGCAUCCCUCCUAGCUAGGAAAUUUUUAUUCCUCAGAAAUUUGGCAUCAUGGAUUAUUAAUGUGUGUGAUUUUUCUUCCACUUUCUUUAAAACGAUAAAAGAAUUUCAUUGUUA